AUGGCUUCCAACGGCAACGGCGCUCCUCCUGUCGGACAGGAGAACAUCAACACCGACAUCAUCACCCUCACGCGAUUCCUCACGGAAGAGCAAGUCAAGAUUCCAGAGGCCACCGGUGACUUUACCCUCCUCUGCCACGCCCUCCAGUUCGCCUUCAAAUCCAUCGCCUACUACAUCCGUCGGGCCUCCCUGAUCAACCUGACCGGUCUGGCCGGCUCCUCCAACACGACCGGCGACGACCAGAAGAAGCUGGACGUGAUCGGAAACGAUGUCUUCGUGUCGGCGAUGCGCGGCUCCGGCAAAUGCCGCAUUCUCGUCUCCGAGGAGGAGGACGAGGCGAUCCUGUUCAACGAGCACCCGCAGGCGCGCUACGCCGUCGUCUGCGACCCCAUCGACGGAUCGUCCAACCUGGACGCGGGCGUUUCGGUUGGCACCAUCUUCGGCAUCUUCAAGCUGCCCGACGAGAUCCUCGGCCACGAGGUCACCGCCAAGGACGUGCUCCGCCCCGGCACCGAGAUGGUCGCCUCUGGUUUCACCAUGUACGGCGCAUCCGCCCAGCUCGUCAUCACCAUGCGCAACGGCUCCGUCAACGGCUUCACCCUCGAGAACUCGCUGGGCGAGUUCAUCCUCACCCACCCCAACAUGCAGCUGCCCCCCACCCGCUCCAUCUACUCCGUCAACGAGGGUAACAGCAUGUACUGGGAGGAGUGGACCAACGCUUACUUCCACUCCCUCAAGUUCCCCGGCGAGGGCAAGAAGCCCUACUCCGCCCGCUACAUCGGCAGCAUGGUCGCCGACGCCUACCGCACCCUGCUCUACGGCGGCGUCUUCGCCUACCCAGCCGACUCCAAGAGCCCCAAGGGCAAAUUGCGCAUUCUGUACGAGUGCGCUCCCAUGGCUAUGAUCUUCGAGAAUGCCGGCGGUCGCGCCGUCAACUCGAAGAUGGACCGUCUCCUCACCGUCGUCCCCGAGCACAUCCACGACCGCAGCGGUGUCUUCCUCGGCUCUCGUGAUGAGGUCCAGAAGAUCGUGGACAUGUACAACAAGCACAAGAAAUAA